CCGCAACUUGUUGAUUGUUCACUCACUUCGCGCCAGUCUGUCGCGAGCGAUGCGCCGGGAGGUUGUGUCUCGCGCCGCCGCCGCUCUCGCCAACUUCGAACUUAUCUAUCGGAAAUAUGUGAAGUUUCCGAACUUAAACUCGUGCAGAACUCCCGUACCGUUCGCUUUUAAUAAUGUUUAGUUAUCUUCAGACGUGUUUAAAGUGUAGUUUAGCGUAUUGAAACUUAAUAGGCUCACCGUUCCACUUUACCUGUGCUCGUCCCACGACCGUGCGAAGCGGCUACCUUAUCGGAUAAAUAAACGAACAUUUUUCAAAUGGAUGUGCUUGAGUUCUGUGAUAGUGUGCGUGGUUUGUGCGAUUACGAGACCUCGUGAGUGCAUCAGUGACAAGUCGCUUUAGCGACGUGUAAGAAAUAGUAAUAAAGUUAAGUUAUACUUGAAGAAUGUGGCGGGAAAGUCGAUGGGCGACGUUGCUGUUGCUGGGAUCGCUCGCGGUGGCGUCGGCGCAAUUCAAUAAAGCCCGAGAGCACACAUCACACCACGUCACGAGACUAAGGCACUCCAGACACCUCCAAGGGAACACACCUAAUAUAUACACAGCAUCCUUCGCCGGCACGUCACCCAAGCUGGCCGUGAAGGACAACCACAAACCGCUGUUCACCGAGUGCCUCACCUACCGACCCACUGUUCAGGAGGAGCAACCGCAAGGGACCUAUGUUUUUACGGUGCACGCUGAAGACCGGGAUCCCCCGGAGAUGGGUGGUACUGUCACGUACAAGUUCGUGUCCACUCCUGGCGAGAAGGAGCGGUUCCACGUCGACCCCGAGACUGGCAGAAUCACUACAGCCGAUGUUUUUGAUCGAGAUGAACCGUCCAGAGAGAAAGAAGCGUAUAUCACUGUGCGAGCGAGUGACAAUGGCCAACCACAGUUGGACGACGCGUGCACUAUCAAAAUAGUCAUCGAAGAUAUCAAUGACAACCAGCCAGUGUUCGACAAAGUUUCAUAUUCGGAAUCCGUGCCUCAAGACCUGCCAAGCGGGCGCGAGGUGAUGAGGAUAUCAGCGACAGAUAUUGACGACGGCAACAACUCCAUCGUCCACUACAGUCUCGACACCAACUCGCCGGACCAAGCUUAUUUCUAUAUAGACCCCGACAACGGAGUCAUAUUCUUAAAUAAAACUAUUGAUAAAGUGCCUGGCUACAAAUUCAAGUUGAGCGCAAUAGUUAAGGACAUGGGCGACCCGCCGCAGCAGAGCUCCAUAACUUUGGACAUCCAAGUGGUGGAGUCUAACAAGAAAAGUCCUUCCUUCAUAGAAGUUCCAGAUGGGCCGAUAAGAUUAAAAGAAAAUUAUGCGGAUUUCAAUGCGCAUAUAGCUACAGUUAGAGCAGUUUCAAAUAUUCCCGAAGAGAAGAAAGUUCUGUUCGAACUUGUGAUGGGUCAGACUGAACAGACGAACAAAUGGCAUACGUUUGUAUUAGAGUCUGAAGCCGACACAGCUUAUAUUAAGCUGGGGAACCAUUUAGACUUCGAAAAAAUUACAGAUUAUACUUUAACAGUGAGAGUACAGAAUAAUUAUAACUUAGCGGCAGAAACUAUAAUUCAAAUAGAAGUAGAAGAUGUAAACGAUAACAUUCCUAUAUUCAGUGAAGUAAGAUCAGGGAGUGUUCUAGAAAACGAACCUCCAGGCACACCCGUCAUGCAAGUCAGAGCUUUUGACGCUGACGGUACUUCAGCAAACAACCAAGUGACUUACGAACUUGCCGAUCCUUCAGACCCUUUCUCCAUUGACAGUAUCACUGGCAACAUCACCACGCUCAAAGAGUUCGAUAGAGAAGAACAAACAUACUACAAUAUCAAAAUUAUUGCCACUGACAAUUCUGAAUCUGCUCUGAUUCCUGGGAAACACAAUUCUGGCCAACAAGUGUUUAGGAUAGAGAUAGCUGAUAAAAACGACAAUCCGCCUCACUUUACACAAGAUACUUAUAUUGCUGAGUCGAUAGCGGAAAACGCUAAUAUUAACGUGUUGGUGACACAAGUUGCGACGGUAGACAAAGAUUCAGCUUCCAAUGUCUCCUUCAGCAUCGUCGCUGGCAACACCUACGAUGCUUUUGUGAUCAGCCCCAUCACAGGCGAAAUAAGAGUUAACAACAAACUCGACUACGAAAAUAUUACUAGCUACAGUCUGGAUGUCCGCGCUUUCGACGGCCUGUACGAAGACUACGCGAAAGUUAUUAUCAAUAUCGAAAACUUGAACGACAACCCGCCUAUAUUCGUAGCCAAUUAUUCGAAGACCAUUGAAGAAGAGAAGUUGUAUGAAGGAUGUAUGGUUAAGGUUGAAGCAUACGACCCAGAUAUCAAAGACCGUAACGCUCCGCAAAACAUCCAUUAUUCUUUAGUCAAACACGAACAAAAGGAGUUUCUCAAAAUCGACGAUGAUGGAUGCCUUCGACUGACGAAGCCUUUGGACCGGGACCCUCCUACCGGGUAUUCAACCUGGCAGGUCCUCAUAGUGGCUGCUGACCAAGGGGGCAAACUCGGUUCAGACAGCUUGAGAUCGACCACAGAAGUCAUUCUGCAGUUGACGGACAUCAACGACAACGCACCCUUCCUGACUAAUACGGAGCCAGUAAUCUGGUAUGAGAACGAGCCACCAGGCGAGGUGGUCACCCUGACGGCGAAAGAUUACGACUCUAAGGAAAACGGUCCCCCGUUUACCUUCGCGCUGAACGAUUCAGCCUCUUCGUUGGAUAUUCGCUCGAAAUUCCAGAUUCAAGGAAACAAGCUAUGGACCCUCGUGUCGUUCGAUCGCGAAGAACGCAAGGAGUACAGAAUACCCGUCGCCAUCACAGACUCCGGCACCCCAAGGAUGACUGGGGUGUCCAUACUGCACGUGGUCAUUGGGGACAAGAAUGACAAUCCUAUGGCGUCGGGGCAUAGCAACAUCUUCGUUUACAACUACAGGACGGAAAUGUACUUCAGUGAAAUAUACAGCUGGCGGUACUACGGCGAAGCGCCAGACACAGAAAUCGGUCGCGUCUACGUCUUAGACCCUGACGAUUGGGACUUACCAGACAAGAGGUUCAUGUGGCUUCCAUCCUACGAGCAGAGAAGCCCGUACUUCGACGUCCACAGCAACACUGGAAUGAUCACCAUGAAGACUGGAACGCCGAAUGGCACUUAUAUGCUGAAGUUUAAUGUGACAGAACAGAACGAGCCGAUCGUCCCAUUCCACUGGGUGGAGGCUACAGUGAACGUGACCAUCAAGGAGAUACCUGAGGAAGCUGUGGACAAGUCCGGCUCCAUCAGGUUCAUCAACGUUACCGCUGAGGAGUUCAUCGUCGACGAGGGUGAUGGCUCAAGCAAAAAGGACAAGCUGCAUCACCGUCUAGCGAAGCUCUACAACACGUCUUUGGAUAACGUGGACGUUUUCACUGUCUUCAACAAACCUACAGUGAAAGAUGCGUUCCUUGACGUGAGGUUCUCUGCGCACGGCUCGCCGUACUAUCCGCCAGAGAAGCUGGACAGCAUGGUCACUACGAUACAGGAGGAGUUGGAGAAAGAGCUGAACGCCAGAAUCUACAUGAUCAACAUCGACGAGUGCAUGGUCGAGAAGGUGGAAUGCGAGGACUCGUGCCGCAACGUGCUGAUGAAGAACAACGUGCCUCUGUCUGUGUACACGAACACCAGCAGCUUCGUUGGCGUGUCCGCGAGGGUUGAGCCGGAGUGUACGUGUGAAGUGGAGAGCAGGAUCGUGUGUUUGAAUGGAGGCACACCGUUCGCCGACAAAUGCGAAUGCCCCGAAGGCCUCACCGGCCCCCGUUGCGAGCAGACCUCCAUCGGUUUCCACGGCGACGGCUGGGCCAUGUACCCCCCACCCCCGGCCUGCCACGAGGGCCACAUGACCCUCACUGUGACGUCACACACCAGCAACAGCUUGGUCUUCUAUCUGGGGCCCCUCAAGUACAAUCCUCUGCUGGAUGUUCAAGAUUUCCUCUCCCUGGAGCUAGUUGACGGCUACCCGAUCCUCCUGGUGAACUACGGCUCCGGCACCACUAGGCUCAACAACAGCGUCGUCCACGUCGCGGACGGCAAGCCUCACCUCAUCGAGAUCGUGCUGAUGAAGAGCUCGAUAGAGAUGUUCGUGGAUCGAUGCAAGCUGUCCACUUGUAUGAGCCUAGCGGCGCCUAUUGCGCCUAGAGAAAUACUUAAUGUGAAUGGACCCCUUCAAUUGGGUGGAGCUACCAUCGACUUCAGACAUCUAGCACACCAGUUUGGCUGGCAGCACAUCCCCACCAACCAGCACUUCGUUGGUUGCAUCAGCAAUUUCACGUACAACGACUAUUACUACAACCUCGGCGAGCCCUCCGUCCACCGCAAGGCGGACCCGGGCUGCCAGCUCAGCGUUUCCACAGCGGUCACCUUCGGCAUCGACACCAAUUUCCUGGUGGCCAUCUUAGUCUGCAUCGCCAUCUUAGUCAUCCUACUACUAGCAGUGGUCGUCCACCGGCGCCGAGCGGACGCCUGGGCCGAAAAGGAACUGGACGACAUCAGGGAAAACAUCAUCGCGUACGAAGACGAGGGUGGCGGCGAGGGAGACGCAGGUUACGACCUCCACGUGCUCAGGCAGAUGUAUGAUGGGCCGCCGCCGGAUCAGGAUGGCACGUUUAUGAACGCACCAGGUGUAGUAGGCGCAACGCCCGACAUCUCCGGUUUCCUGGACGACAAGAAGUCCCUUUUGGACCGCGACCCCGACAUCAACCCGUACGACGACGUGCGACACUACGCGUACGAGGGAGACGGCAACACUAGCGGCUCGCUCUCCUCGCUCGCCAGCUGUACGGACGACGGUGACCUAAAAUUCAACUAUCUAUCAACGUUCGGCCCUCGGUUCCGAAAAUUAGCCGACAUGUACGGCGAGUCUGACGACGAGCGCGCGCCGCACGAGGAGUCAUGGUGCUAGCACCACGCCUGGCUCGUGUAGCCACCAAAAUCCACCCUUAUAUGACUCUUACACAAGGCCCAAAGCCCUGUGAGUGAAUAGACCAAGCUUUGAGAUGCCUUAUCGCUUCACGGCGUUUGAUUUCGACACCGUAGCCUGUGUUCCAAGUGAAAUGUAAGUGUUUGGACCCACCGUUGGAAUAAGUUCCCUGUUAAGAGCAGAAAAUCGAUCUAUAGGUAAUUAAGAAGCCUGUGAUAAUUAAUGCGAUUUAUUUUACAGCACAGGAACUAAAGAGUUCCGUUAUGAGUAAAGCUAUGACUUUAAGGUUAGCUAUUAUUACGCCAUUUUGUGAGUUAUAUUUUUUUACUUCUGUGUAAAGGUUUUAUACGUCUUCCAUUCAUUUCUGAGCUAAACUUAAUUCUUCUUAAAUUUCUCUUAAUUCUCAGUUUGCCGAUAUUAAAUCCUAUAUAUAUGAAAACGCGGUCCGAAGUUAUUAUUAUACUCGGAAUAUCACAACAACUGGAAAAUUUAAUAUGAAAAAAACCUGAUAGCUCAGAAAUAAAUUGAAUUGUAUUGAACCUACCAACUUAAUAUCCCAUGUUGAACCUUCGCGUAACAUCACUUAAGAAUAUAUAAAAAAAACAUGUGACAUGUUAAAUAUGUUUUUAAGAAAAUGACUGAUUUGUAAAGUUGUUUAGGCAUCGUUGUAGAUACGCCUAAAUUAUUUCUUGUAGGUAUGGUAAUUUUAUAUAAAUUAAACUUAAGUACGUACAGAUUGGUUAAGAGAGCGUUUCUUUUGUUUUUUGCCAUUUUUAUUUAUUAUUGUGUCCUUUUUUGCCACUUUUGUGUUAUUUCUACUAAUAAUCACGAGCUCUUUCGAUCCUAAUGGGAUAAAAAAAUGUCCCAGAGUUUUUUUUCCUAUUGUGUUACCAAAUCCCCAUAUACUUUUUAUGGCGGUAACAAAUUUACGGACAAUUUUAGGACACAUUUUUCUCCUAUAUGGAUGAAAAGGGCUCGCGAUCCUGACUAGAAAUAACACAAAAGUGGCAAAAAAGGUCACAAUAUAUAAACAUGGCAAAAAUAAAAGAAACACUGAAGAGUAAGUAAUUUUAGUGUUUGUAAGUACUGCCGUAUGUUCAAUUGUUCAUUACUUUUGUAUGAUUGUAAAUUAUUGUAUUGAAGAAAGAACAUUCUUGUGACUGGCAGUAUUUAGGCCAUUGCAGCUGAUUAAGUAUGAAUUUAAAGUUAAGUGCCAUUUUUUCACUUUUUGUAUUUAGACAUGAUUUUUGACCACUAAACUUGACAUUUAUUAUUUUAAAAGUGACAUUUUUCUGUUUGUGAACUUUUUGUACUCGGUGUUACGGCCUAAAUGAAGGACAAGUUACUUUUUAAUAAAGGACAAGAGCAAUUUAUUGCAGUUUCUUUCUCUCUCCGCUUACCUAUGAUUUGUAUUGUUUGACAGAGAAAGGGAAUGCAGUAAUGUUAAAGAAAACUUGUCGGUGUGAAAAUGUCAUAAGUGGUAUCAUUGUAAACCAUGGUUAAGGACUAGUCUGUAUUUCAUGAUCAACCAAGAAAAUAAUCAUUUAUAAUAUAUACGUUUAUGACAUCGUUAGUAUAUGUACAUAUAAACUAUAUUUCGAAGUCAUUAUGUCAAGAUUGCUGUAACUUAAGUCUACAUUAAACUGAUUUAUAAUUAUUAUCUCGAAGGUUAGACUUGCUAUACCUAAUUAUCAAUGCAAUUGGAUUAUCUUCAAUAAAUAUAGGUACCUACAGUAACAGAAUACCUACCUGCAGUUUUAAGAACACCACAAUAUUUUUCAAUAUCAUGGGAUACAUACUAGACCUUAACUAGUAAAAUUCCUUGGUAUGGAGUGCGUCCAUUUGUGUUAGUGUUAAGUUUCUUUUUAUAUUCUUUAUACUAUGACGUAAUUUUAUUUCAUUGAAGGCAAACUUGUUUUUUGUCAAUUAUUUAUACAAUUUGUUUGUAACAUAAACGUCCAGUUUUCUAUGUGGUGCAUUUGAAUAAAGAAAUAAGAAUUUAUUUUGGUUUUAUCGUUAAAUUACCUGUAACGUCCUAAUUGUUUUUCGUUUAGAAAUAUUUAAAAAUCCUUUUUAUUAAGCGUACGUUUUCACACAAAUGUCUUAAUGGUCCAAAGCCUUAUUUGUUCACUACUUAGUUCGGUAGGUAUUAGAGAAAUUUAACAGCGAAUAUUAGCCGCCAACUUUGAUGAGAAACAUUUGAUUGUAACUAGUAAUGACACAAUCAUUGAACAAGAUAUAAUUUUGCCAUUUCUAAUGUGGUUCUGCAUCUCUUCUAUUCUAAGUAUGGAAAGAGGUGCAAACACCAAUAAUUAUUUGUACAAAUGUGACCAAGUGAAUCAUUGGCCGUUCGGGGCCUAAUUUAACGCUUAAUAAACAAGGAUUUUUAUAAACCUUAAUUUCGACCUAUUGAAAUAACCUAGUGAUAUGAAUUCUACAUAAGUCUACGUGUAAAUAAUGUACAUUAAAUAUGCCCAUAAUAUUGAAUGUUCCGUGAUUAUCCUUAACUUUUAUAUGGCUAAAUAUAGGCAAAUAUACAAGGUGUCUUAAAAUUAUGCAUAUCAACGAAUAUAGGCGAGUGUAAGGGUAAUACUCGGUACUACUGUAACUUCUUUCUUUUUAGUUUGUUUUCAAAUAGGUAGAUACAUUUGCUGAUUUGAUUUGAUCGUCAACUCGAUGUGAUUUUGUUUUUUACGCUAACGCAAUUAUUAUCCCUAAUGGGAAGGGUAAUCAUGUGUUAAAUAAUGGUAGUUCUAGUCGAGUAUGAGGGGUGUCCGUAUGUACCACGAUUCAUAAUAUUUUUUUCCACUGUUCUUUAGUUUUCCGCAUAAUGUUUGCACACUGCGCACUGAAUGUUUUGGACCUAUUGAUAAUAAAAUUGUUACUUACCCCCACACGUUUUUAACAUUUAUCAAAAUUUUAACAUUAAUCACAUCUUUACUUCUGUCGCACAUUAAUUAGUUCUAGUAAUGUUUUUAUUUUUAUAUAUUAAAGGCCUAAACUUAACUUAAAUUUUAUAUUCAUUUUAAUUAUCUCCAGUAAAUAAUUUACCGUUUUGUCGGCAGUUCAGUGGGUUAUUUUAAAUUACAACACAAAUGAUGUUAACUUAAUUUUACAAAUUUAAUGCUUAUUUCUCAUUUAGUUGGAAUUAAUAAAAUAUAUAAACGCAAUAAACUAAUGCGCUCAAAGUAGACAGCUGCUCGCAAAAUAUAAAAAUCCUACUCGGCAUUUUGUGACCUUUUUAGUCAGACUUUAGUAACAGAUGCCUUUGACUUAUGAAAACAACCUAGUUAUUUAUCCCCUGCUAGAGUUAUGAGUUAUGAUUAUAAAUAAGGUGAGCUAGUAACAAAAAAAUGUUUAUUAUUUUUAAGCGUGUAUAAAAAUACAGGUCCAACAAAAAAGCUUCUCGGUCAUAUAGGUAAACAUAAAUAUACAUUUUAAUGUAAAUCUUAGAAAAAAAACACUAAAAGUCUAAAUAAUCCCUGAUAUUUCAAUUGACCCAUGACAAAAAACGUUAACUUAAUUUUAUUUAUCAUUAAAAUUGCGCUCAUACUCGAAAAAGCAUCAAACAAAGUUAAUAUAAUAAUCUGCGAAUAUUAUUGCUCUUCAACAAUGUACAAAUUUGUUACGUCGACAUCCGUUAGUAUUAUUUAAUUUGUUCAAUAAUUCAGAUAUCGCGUAGAUUUAAGCAAAUAAAUAGAUAUCUAUUUCCUACAUUCCAUUACGAUGGCAAACAUCGCAUGAGGUUGGUUGUUGGCGUAUUUACUAAUAAUUUUAUUGGAUCAAUUAUUCGUACUUAGAAUAAAAGUCGCGGGUGAUCAUUUUUUAUACCUUAUUUUAUAAAAAAAGAAUGAUCACCCUCGAACAGAAUAACACACUGCCAUUGUUAUUUAAAAUAAACAUGUCAUGUUUAAUCCCAUGACGGUUUUUUAUUGUCAAAAGUUACCUCUUGACUUAUUUUUAUUUCCACGUAGGUACAUGGGAUUAAAUAGUGACUUAUUGGUAAUUUUAACUCUACUGUAAGUGAGUGAAGUCCGUGUGUUUGUACGUGUAAGAAUUUAUAUACAUAUAGUAAACUAUGGCGAUUUUGAUGUGAUGCUCUGUUUUCUAUCAAUAAUUAUAAAGUACGUGUUAUAGUGCAAUAAUUUGUACAUAAUUAUUGCUAACAGAAUGAGCGGGACUUUUUCUGGUCACUUUUUCACUGUCACGUCAAACUUAUUUGAACUUUGUUGUCAUAGUGUACUAUAACACUUUUUUCUAGUAUUUUUUUUUUAAUUGGUUAUUGCAGUUUAGUUAGGUGACCAGAAAUGUGUGUUUAUUUUGUCAAAUGACAAAGUGUAGUGAGUGAAAAGAACGCCUAAAGAAAUGAUUGUAGUAAAAGAAAGUCUAUUGUAGAGAGUUAGGGGAGGCCGACUGAUCGAUUGUCAUAUUACAUUGAAUAAGUUUAGUUGUUAAGAACCUAAUAUUUUUAAAUUGUUUAUAUAGAAAUAAAAAUAUUCAAUUGAGCAUUGAAAUAAAGUGACUACAUUGAGUA